AUGCCAACAGAGAGCCAACCUCGCAUGAACUUCCAAAUCCCCCUCGUUUUUCCGAGGAUAUCUGGUUUGCAUGAACGCGAGGAAACCGACACCAAUGGUUCCAUACUCGAGGCGAGUUUGGCAAGGGCGCAUCCUACCGUCUUGGAAUGCAUUUCGUGGACAACAUCAAAAGAUGCGACUGAGGAGAGAGGCCAGGAGAUUGUUCUCGGGUGUCAAGAUGGGUCCCUGUAUGUUCUACAUUGCCCGCCAGCCCCGCCACCGAGUGCCAUUGAGCCAUCGGGCGAGAUACUCGACGCCCCCAAGCUGAGAUCAGCAAAGCGCCUUUCGAAAUCCUCUCGAAAUAACUCCCGUUCUGCAUCUCCGACUGCUCCGUCACUCGCCCUCUCGCCCACUUUCAAUGUUACCGCUAAACCCCGCGUUGUGUCAGGAAUAAAUACGGAGCAGGUUGAAGCACCGAAGAACUAUGUUGACUUCGACGACGAGCCAGACAAGCUAAAGGGGAUUCUGAAAGGGAAGAAUCCACGAGAACGGCCAAAUGCUUCUGACAGCGGCUCCGAGAAAGCGCCAAAGUCGACAGCAUCAUCCAUCAUCGAGCCUGUACCCUCGUCCAAACGCAAGAACCCGGUGCCGAGGUCGCUUCUGUCUGCAACCAACUCACGCGCUCCCACUCCUCCUUCGUUCUCAUCGCCUGUCUCCCCUAAGGAAGUUUCCUUUCGUACUCCUUUGGAAACGCCUCAGGAAUGGCAGCUUCGUUGCCACAUCGUACCAUUGUUGUCUGGUUACGGGCGUGCUGUGAAAUCGAUUCAAGCACUACAUGGCAGCGCUUUGUUUGCUGUCCUCCAGGAGGCUGGAAAUGUGUCAAUAUUCUCGUCUGAAGAUGGAGCCUGUAAGGCCUCUGUUCAUGUUGAUGAUGGGUCCGUGUCAACUGGUUUCAGAGAACAGUCACGUUCUCGUGACAUCUGGACAUGGUGCCAGUUAACUGUAUCUUACAUCGAAGAGUCCACGAUACUUGUAGCUCUGGCUUCCAACAACAACGAUGCGAACAUUCUUGCAGCUGAACACGAGGACGGGGCGUCCGAGACCUCAAAAUGUGUAUUAUUCGAAUUCAAGAGCACACCAUUGGAUGUGCAACUUGAGCGCUUAGGUCAAUGGGAGUUUGACGGGCCAGCUAUCGGAGAUGGGAUCCACAUCGAAGACGAUGGUACCCUCACUUUCUUCUCGACUAGCCACCAUGGCCAUUUCGUCACACGAGAGUUCAAGGUCAACACACCUGCACAACAGUCCAGUAUUUCAGUGAAGAAUGACGGAAGCCACCAUGGCCCACACUUGUCGACUUUACCAAUCCCAAACCCCUUUAAGGGUAUGAUGUCGCGUUCUGCGGAGCAUUUGGUUGGAAGUCCCAGCGAUAGCCAUGUUUCCGCUCCUGCAGAGUCUCGCGUUACCCUGUCCGACCCUCAUGACGUCGGUGUUUUGAUUGCAGACACUUCCCUGUGCGGAAUGACGACUCAUGCCGCGGAAGAUGGAAAACUGACUGGCAUAGCUUGGAACCAUCAUAGUAUGACCGUAUUUGAGUAUGCUCGCCAUUCUCUGAAGACUCUCUUCCACUAUCCGGCUGUCGGUGUUCAAGGUGCUACGUGGUUGGGUGAAACGGUGUUUUCUCUUUCGUUUGAGGAACGAGUGGAAUUGUAUCAGACGAAAUAUGUAAAUGCCAAUAACGAAGAAGUCGAGAUUAACAAUCAUCCUGAUGUAGUAGCUACACACGUUCAACCGCAACUCAUCAAGACAAUUGAGACUGGACCACAUGACAGUAUGAAGUGCAUGCCACAUUCGGUCAUCGUUUCGAAAGCUUCAGAGCAUAACUACGGGCAGCGCAUACUAUUCUACCCUCUUCUCGAAGACAAACCUCUCCAGAGCUCUCGCACCCUCUGGCAAACCUCGGACAGUCAGGCAGACAAUUCCAGGAUCACACUCACCUCUAUGCUACCGAUGGAACUGGAGGUGAUUAUUCAGGGAUAUUCGGAUGGACGUCUGAGGCAAUUUUCACUUAGCCAGAUGGCCCGUGAAGAGCCAGCUUCCGCCUUUACACAUUCUUCAAACAAAACAUCUGCGUCAGCUAUAAACGGCUAUUUAGUCGGACUUCAUGUGGUGCAAAACCCGCGAACGAAAGAAAAAUACAUUGUAGGCGGUGCGGACGAUGGGUCUGUCGUCGUUUGGUCGUUGAGCACGUUUGAAGCCUUGGCCCGUUGGACGAUUUUUACGACCCCUCUCGCCAAAGUUCUGCAAUUCGAAGAGGAGAGAACCGGGCCUCUCCGUGGCUGUAUCCUGUGUGUCGCGCAGGACGGUACCAUUGCCGUUAUUGUCGUCGAUGGCUUGCACUUCUUGUAUCUUAUCCCUGGUUCUACAGCUCGACUGGAUCGAAUAUGUCUUGGUGGGCACGAGCUGUUACUUGUUUAUGACGACCAUCGAGCACGACUAUGGGAUGCGCAAACGAAGGAACUUUGGCGGUCUAUGGGCCAGGAUAAAGCAGAGGAAUUGUUGGCGCAAGGUGGCUGGUCUGAGCUGUCCUUAAAUCAACAUGCCUGCUUGCCCAAGACGCUUUGGAAUGUCGUGGCCGACUCCCUCGAUGGACAGGAUGCUGCUGCCACCCUUUCGCUUAAACUCGAACGGUUUUUGGUCGAUGCCAUCGCCGUAACCAAGACCAUCAGCACGAACAGAGAUGAAGUCCGCGAGAUCCUUUCGACGCUUUCCAGGUUAAAACUUAUACUCUCGUGUCUCCUGACUCCUGGAUUAAGUGCAGAUGUUGAUGGUCUUUGUUAUGGGAAGCUUGGGGCCCAUCAUUCUUCUACUCUUGUCGGCCUGACGAGUUUCAAUACCACUACUCUUUACGAAGCGUCUAUUUCUCCGGAUCUUUGGUGUUUGUCGGGGGAUGUGACCGCAGCACGUGCUUUGGCGAUCAUUGCAGUGCUGCGUGCGAUGAGUCUGUUUGAAGACCUGACGGAAGCUGCUAAUACUGUCAUCUCUUUCUACAGCACGUCUCUCGGUAUUUGUAUUGGUCCCAAGUUCAAAGCACCUAGUCUCCAAUUUUUGGGCCGCCUUUGGUUCGAAUCAUCCCAGGAGCUUCGUCAAUCCAUCCGGAUACUCAUUGAUGCGACUAUCAUCAAUCUUACUGAUGCAGAUGCCAUCGAACUGACCGAAAAAUGGCAACAUUACGUCCCUUCGCUCCAGCCCGAUGCCGAGAAGGAGACCAUCAAUGCUGCUUUGGCUUUGCUGGUUUGUGGUUCCGUGGCAGCUGGGAAAUACAGUUUGUUAUCUGUGAACGCCUUGAUGGAUAUAUCUAAAUCAAUUACUUUCUAUCUUCAUGACGAGAAUUCGAUCUACCGCACCUUAGCUAUCGACCUAUGUUCUCGAGGGUUCCACGUUUGGCAACAUUAUGUCGACUCCAUGGAAAUUCUUCGAAAUCUCUUUCAUCUGGCCACAAGCACACGGAAGGAAUCCAUCUCUAUUCAAAACGUAGCUCCACAAGCACGGCUUGCGGUUCUUUCUAUCGCAACGAACAAUAUGCCUCUGUUGAUGGGCACAAUCUGCCUCGACAUUUUGACGCCACCAACUAUGGAACACAGACGGUCUGUUUUGCAAAUUCUGGCCUUCUUGAUCAGGAAGCGUCCCCAGGUCCUGCAACCAAACCUCCCACGAUUAAUGGAGGCUGUCGUGAAGUCUCUAGAUCCGAACUCCACGUCAAAUAGGGAGUUGGUGCUGGAUACUGCAACAGAGAUAAUUGGUUUUGUUGUCAAGAAUUUCCCAUCUGUUGAUUUCCACAUGUCGAGCCAGAGAUUGGCGGUCGGGACGAAUGAAGGUGCCGUUGUUAUGUACGACCUGAAGACGGCCAUCCGACUUUAUGUUCUUGAGGGCCACAAGAAGCCAAUUACCGCCUCGAGCUUCUCUCCUGACGGACGGAGACUUGUGACAGUCUGCCUGAAGGAGUCUCUCGUGCUUGUCUGGAAAGUUGGUUCAAGCUUUGCCAGCUUCUUCAAUCCCGGUGCACCACCUCGACAAGGACAUGGCGGGUCAGAACCCUUCAAGACUCUCAAUUUCAACAUCGGGUCUGAUGCGAACAUGACAACAGCGGAGACAUUGGAGUUGGUUCGCGUGGAAUGGAUAGCCGAUCGAAGUGUCAGAGUCAAGAUACGCCAGAAUGUUUUGGCAUUCAGCACUUAG